UUGUCCAAAAGCGUAGCUUAAUUUCCAUAACUUUGCAAAAAUGUUGAAUCAUUUCAUAAUUUUCAUUCUUAUAAUUAAUUCCUGCUUCGGAGGCUGGAGAGAUGUGCUCAAAGACAUAAAGCAAAAGGCUAAGGAAAAAUAUCAGAUUCGACAAAAAACCACAAAUUUCCUGGGUUAUGACCCAUCUGAAUAUCCAGGAUCGAACGAACAUUAUAGGAAAUUGAAUAAAGAAAAAUGGGAUAUUUAUUAUGAGUGCUUGUUAGCACAAGAAAAGAAUUUGGGUAUACAUCGAUCAGCCAGCCCAGUAGCAAUUGCAGCUCUCGAAGGAACUUCAGUGAAGUUGGAUUGUGCAAUAUGUUUAAGUCCAGAAAACAUGAACGAUAUCCAUAAAGUCGAAUGGCGUUCGGCUAUGAAGGGGAAAAGUUCACUGCAACCAGUAGAAUUUGACGAACAUAUAUUGGUGUCGCCAGUGGAUAAGGCGCUGAUGAUGUACAAUUUGAAAUUGGAACAAACUGGACAAUAUAUGUGUUCCUUAGGGCAAAGUCUCACAGCGCCAUAUUUUCUCACUGUUGUGAAAAGUUUCGAGAGUGAUAUUGAUGAGGUGCACCCAAAAACUGCCGAACAUGGACCUUAUCCCAAAGAAGACUUUCUCCUACCACAGCACAAUAUCCGAAUUCAUACAGAGUGGGGUCCGUGGUCACCUUGCAGUGAAUGUGGUAAAAUAGGUAAACAUCAUCGUUACGGAUUUUGUGUUGUCCAAUUUCAAUCAGGGGAAGAUGAGCAGAUUAGAAGAGCGAGGUCCAUCACUAAAAAAAAUCUUGAGAUACUGAAAACAUUUCCAGCAGGGAUACCGUGCUCAUCUCAUAUUUUACCAGUCGAUAUAAAGAGGUUUCCUGAUGUCAAAAACAGAAGGGACGAAAUAAUGAUAGGAUUUUGUCAGGAGAAAUGUAAGGAUGAAUCUGUUUAUGAAGUGAAAGAUGAACAUGGUAAGAUUUUGGAGCAAGCCAACAAUUCGGCAGGAAUUUAUUCUAUGGAACAAGGUAUGCCACAGUCGGAGCCACAUAUCGAAAAAACUUUGGAAUACAGAAAAGCUCAUUCUGACAUAACAUUAUCCUGCCCUGGGAAUCUUAAUUCAGACGUCCCUAUUCAGUGGCAAAUUGGCCAGAAACUCAUUAUUCCUGAAUUGGUUUCAAAAGAAUCCAAUGGUAGGAUAUUCGUCGGUAUAACAGACAGACUUCAUAUAAAACGGGCAAUGGUGUCCGAUAGCAACAUUUAUAGUUGUUGGCAACACAAGGAACUGGCCGGCAUUGUUAAACUUGUUGUUGAAAAGAAAUUGGAAUUUCAUUUUAAUCAUCACGUAAUGAUGCUCGCUAUGACCGUAAUAUUGUUCACAUUCUUUUGGGUUUUCACGAAAGCCUUUUUCGGAAGGAAAUAUGCGAGGAUAAAAGACUGAAAAUCCGAAUAGUUAAGAUAUACUUUUUCCUUAAAAAGUCAUUUUUAAUAUGUGAAAAUAUGAUAAUGAUUCCUCAAUGCAGGAAUGUUGUUCAAUUUU